UCGAUAGCGAUAAACUGGAAGUAACUCUUGUAUUUUUUCCCACUUUGAUCAGGUGGUCACAUUCAGAGCAGGAAUUUGGGGGCACGCCUACCAGAUAGUUAGAAAUUGUGAAAUUUCUUCUAAAAAAAGAUUGAACAACCAUGGAUCCCCUUUCUAGUGCCCAGGAUAUACCCCGAUGUGACCUGUGCGAGACCGCCAACGUACACAGCUACUGUGACUUUUGCCAUGUCAACCUAUGCAAGCCCUGCAUUGGAGAUCACAUCUCAGAUGGAUACGACAAACAUAAAAUAGUCCCUUUCAACGAACGAAGAUCAACUCUCAUUUAUCCAAUGUGUAAAAUACAUCCACACAAGAACUGUGAUUUUCAGUGUGAGGAUUGCGGAAACAUUUUUGUUUGUUCUUCCUGUACUGCAUCUAAACAGCACAAAGGACAUAACUUUGUAGAAGUUACAGAAGUUUUCAAGACAAAGAAAGACGAUAUAAAAAAAGAUAAACAAGAGUUCGAAAAUCAUAUUUCCCCUACAUAUGAAGAAAUUUCACGUGACUUGGAAAAUCAGCUUGCCAACCUGGAUGGAGGAUAUGAAAAACUUACAACAACAAUGUCCAAACAAGGAGAGCAAUGGCACAGAGAAAUCGACAUCAUCAUCAACAAAAUAAAAUCUGAAAUCAGCGAGAUAAAAGAGAAACACAGAGACAUUUUACAGAAACACUUGAAUGAAAUCAAACAGAUACAGUCUCUCAUAAAAGAAACAUUACAUACCAUAAGAAAAAUAGAGAAAUCCACUGAAGUAUCUUCAACCAUUGAAUACAGCUCUAAGAUCAGAGAGUUCAGGAAGCUUCCACCCAAGGUUCAGGUAUCACUGCCAACAUUCAUUCCAAAACCAAUAGACCGUGAGAAGCUGUAUAGUUUGUUUGGACAAAUCACCCCAUUAUCUACUGCUACAGAGGAAAAUGUCAUGUCACCGAACCAACCAAACACUUCAGUCAGAGAACUACUGGAUGAACCGGAGCUUGUUACCACAAUAAAGACUGGGUAUGGAUAUCUACGCAGUGUUACCUGUCUUAAUGAAGAGAAGAUAUGGACGAGUGGAAACCACAAUGAAAUCAAAUGCUUCAACAUUCAUAGUUCUCUCCUCCAGACAAUUAAAACUAAAUCAGAUAAUUUCCCCAGUGAUAUAGCUGUAGACAGUGAUGGGAAUCUAAUUGUCUCUGAUGGAGCAAUUAAAACAGUGUAUCAAGUAAAGAAUGGACAGACAGAAGUGUUGAUCAGAUUACAGGGAUGGGGUCCUAGUCAACUGUGUGUCACAUAUACUGGUGACCUCCUAAUUGCCAUGUUCAGUGAUAAUAAAACUCAAUCCAAAGUUGUUCGUUAUUCGGGAUCAACAGAGAAACAAACAAUUCGAUUUGAUGAUAAAGGUACACCUCUGUACUCAGGGAAUGAAAAAAUUAAAUAUAUCACAGAGAACAGAAACCAUGACAUCUGUGUAGCUGACUGGGCGGCUCGUGCAGUAGUGGUGGUUAAUCAGGACGGGAUACUCAGAUAGAGAUACACCGGUCAACCCUCAGUUACCAAGAUAAAACCAUUUAAACCCUAUGGUAUCACAACAGACAGUCAGAGUCAUAUCCUAACAGCAGACGGUAAGAACCUUUGUAUCCACAUUCUGGAUCAGAAUGGACAGUUUCUUCGUUACAUUGAUAACUGUGAUCUGGAGGAUCUUUGGGAUUUAUGUGUGGACAAUAAUGACAAUCUGUUUGUGUGCGAGUUCUACAAAGGCAAUGUAAAGAAAAUCAAAUAUCUAAAGUAGACAUCAUCAAUGAUAAAAAUGUGAUGAAAAUCAAACAAAAGUGGUCUUUUCUGACUUGUAUAUUGAAUUUCAUUGUCGGCACUUUCCAUGAAAUAGAUUUAAACUUUGCUUUUCUUUUUUAUACUAAUGAAUUCAUCGAUUCUAUUCUUUCAUUAUAUUAUUAAUUCUAUUUUCAAUAAAAAAUAUUUCCAAUCUACAUUUUUUAAGGUAAGUAGCAUUUGAGCGUUGUUUGCAUGUUAUAUACAGCUGUUGUACCUUAUCAAAUAAAUUGACAAGUGUCAUGAUCAUCAGUGUCACGUCAAUUACCAAGAUAGAUGUAGAUUUCGCAUGUUGCUCAGUCUUAUACAAACAAUAUACUGG